AUGGAAGUUAGUGAUGAGCAACAAGUUAUCCUUGCUGUUUUUGUAUUGAAAGGUGAUGCAUUGGAAUGGUGGGAGUCCACAGAGAGGACACAUGGAAGAGAAGUUAUAACUUGGCAGCAUUUUGUUGAGCUCUUUCGUAAGAGGUACUUUCCUGAUAGUCUGAUGGUGCAAAAGGAAGCUGAAUUUAUUCGCAUAGCACAAGGUACUCAAUCAAUGUAUGAGUAUGAGUGGAAAUUUGCUGAAUUAUCCCGUUUUGCUCCACACAUGGUUGACACAGAAGCAAGGAAGGCUAGGCAUUUUGAAAGGGGUUUAAGGAAGGAAAUUCAGGGACCGGUUUCCAUGUUCAAAUUGGAAACAUAUGCAGAGGUGGUAGAUUGA